AUGGUCGUCCGCAGAGUCCCAAUACAGUCCCAAUCUCCAUUGAACACUUCCUUCGAAAAGUUCGUCCACUCAACCAUACAAAAAUGGCACGUCCCCGGUGUAGCCAUUGGGGUAGUCGACGGCGACCAAACCUGGACUGAGGGGUACGGAAUAUCAUCUUUCCCCUCCACUCCCGUUACUGCAUCAACUCUAUUCUACGCAGGCAGCACCACCAAAGCGUUUACCGCCGCCAUACUAGCCCAACUCGUCGCCGACAACGAUAAAUACCCACACAUCCAAUGGACAACACCAGUAAGCCACCUGAUCCGCGAAGACUUCGUCCUAUCAGACGAGUAUGCUACGCAAUACACCACCCUCGAAGACAUCCUGUCUCACAGAAGUGGUUUACCGCGCCACGACCAGGCCUACGGUCACAACAACAUGAGCCGCGACAUCGCCGUCCGGGAGAUUGUAAGAUCAUUACGCCAUUUACCGCUGACCGCGGAGCCGAGGACCAGGUUCCAGUAUUGUAAUUUGAUGUUUGUGGUUGCGUCGCAUGUUAUUCAGUCUGUAACGGGGGAGUGGCUGGGCGAUUUGCUUAACCGAAAUAUUUGGACGCCGUUGGGGAUGGAAGAGACAUUUUUCAGUCUUGAGGAUGCGCUGGCAGCAAAGCCAGAAUUGGCGAGGGGGUAUGAGUAUCCUUAUUCCGAUGAUGGCGAUGACAAGGGUGAGAAAAAGUUCAAAGAAGUAGAAUGGAUGCCUCUAAACGAAGUCUCGGGCGCAGGAUCUGUUAUUACUAAUGUUCAAGAUUAUACGAAAUGGGCGCGCUCACUCAUGUACAAAACAGCUCCAUUAUCACCAGAAGUGCACAAAGCCAUAUGGGAACCGCGCACACUCCUGCCGACAGACGCUGAAGGCCCGUUUACGGGUCCCGUGGCAUACGCCCUUGGCUGGACCACGGGUGUAUAUCAGGGACAUCAAUUCUAUGAACAUACCGGCGGCAUGAACGCUUUUGGCGCGGAAUUGAUCCUCUUCCCAGAGAUAAAGUAUGCUGUCACCAUACUCGGGAAUACGGCUGUGACGUCAAACUUUGCGGAAAAGAAGAUUGCCUUUGAAUUGAUUGACGACAAAUUGGGUGUGCCGGCUGAGAAGAGUAAUACAAAAUCGAUCAACCGCACAAAAUCCAAAUCCCAAAACGCAAUUUCUCAUUUCUACCCUUCCCUCCCCUUCCCACCUCUCCCACCAACACUCCCCCUUUCCGCAUAUGCAGGCACAUACACGCACCCAGGCUACCAAUCCCUAACCAUCACACACAACCCUAAAACACGGCCAGAAACGCUGCACGCAGACCGCAGCUUCAUCACAUGGCCUGAACCCAAUCUCAUCUUCUCGCACUUUAGCGGCAACUAUUUCAUCAUCUAUUCCUCGCAUCACGGCGACCUAAGCGCCUUUGCGCCGAGUGUGUAUCCCGCUGAGUUCGUGGUAGGCGCAGACAGCAAACCACAAAAAGUAGGCAUUGGCAAACCACAACUCUCGCACCAAAACUCACAACAAUCCGUCGCCGCAUCGGACGAUUAUUUCUCGCUCCCUUCCGACCAGUCUUCUUCAGGCAGGAGUUCGGAGAAUAGCAAAGUCACCGUUGUGCGGUAUGCGACUCCGCAGUCUCACAUGAACAAUUCGUCAUCGGGACAAAAUUCCUCGGGACAGCAUUCUUCGGCCAACGUGGCUCAGCAUUCUCGAUCGGCAGCAGACGGCGGCAAUAUGACAGCCCAAAACACACCGCUACCGCCAGGAAGGUCCAAUUCGGUGCGGUUUGGAGGCACGAAAGUGAAUGAUAUUAGUCCUCGACAAACGCAGACUCAGAUUCAGGAUCCGAGGAAACAUAUUAGUGCUACUACGCCUGGAGUGGAUGACAGUCCUUACCUGCGGUUUGCGAUCGAUCAGUUGACCCGCGACGAGGAGGUUGCUGGUGUGGGCAGACAUGGUUCUGUCGUGAGUACCAGGUCAGACUACCCGGUUGAAAGGGUUGUGCCGGACGAAAAUUUGGGGUAUUAUCAUCGCAGUGGACCUACGACAGUCGAAAUUGGGAAGCCGGGAAGUCGUCAGGGACCUACAACCACGACAAAUACAGGUCUGUCGGAGAAGCAGGGAAAAGCAGUGUUUGUAGCCGUUGAGCCUGGCGUGCACGAUGCGCGCAAUCCGCCUCUUGACUUUGUGCCUGUGGUUCUGAGGCCGUGGGCUUUGGCGAUUUUUAUUUUUCUGGUUCUGUGGAUGAUUGCUGCGGUGGUCUUUUGCAAUGUGUGGUCACAACGACAUAGCGGCAUUUGGGACUGGGAUGGUAUCGGCACUAGACAGUAUUUCAUCACGCAGUAUCUCCCUCAAUUGCUGGCUGGCUUGAUUGUGCUUUGGAAUCUGGUCAUUCAGGCUGCCAUCUACCGCGUCAUGCCAUUCUGCAUCAUGGCGUCCGAACGACAAAAAGCCGGUGUGCUUCAAAACCUCUCGAUUCUCUCACGCAACCACCUCAUUCCAGAUUUUUCGCAUUUCCGAUACGGCGAGCCACUCGUUGCAUUUGGCUUGUUGGCGAUAUGGCUGACAAAUUUCUUCAGCAUGCCGCUGAUCGCAUGUCUGUUUCAGGCCAAGUACUAUACAAUCAAUAGCCAUGGUGUAUGGAGAUGGACCGCCUCUCAGGCUGUUGGCUGGUCGAUCGUCGGUGUUUACGCAUUUUUGGUUGCCGGUCUCAGUUUGGUGAUGGCUCGAUUUAUCCGAAGCUGGACCGGCUUACGCUGGGACCCAGUCAGCCACGCGGAUUUAAUCCCCCUUAUUCAACGAUCCAACAUUUUACGCGACUUUGAAGGCUCUGAAACAGCCGCUUCCGUGCGAGACAUACUUCCUCAGCGGACAUUGCGCCUUGGAUACUGGCGACUUAUGGAUAAAGAAGAUAUCUUUUACGGCAUUGGGGAGGAAUACGCGACAGGCGACAUACCAGCACCCGCAUCGCCACGACGAAAUGAGAAACGGCCUAUGGGACGGACGGGGCCUAUUGAAGACUUGGAACAGCAGAGUAUCCUGCGAGACGAAUCUUUUGAACGAACACUAUACUCUCCGUUUUCUCGGUUCCGAUGGACAGUCUGGUUUCUUCGAGAUUACGCCAUUAUCGCUUGGAUCGUCAUUUUACUGGCGCUGUUCAUCGCUUUCGUUGUCGUGAGCUUCGUCCACGAAGCUAUCCCCCACGGCUUCCUGCCUCUACUGCCAACACUAGCGGCAGCAAACGGAUUUUCCGCCUCCAAUUUCCUCUUCAGCUUCAUCCCCAGCUUGAUCGGUAACUUUCUCUUCCUCGCCUGGCAGCCAAUCGACGUGUACCACCGAGCACUCCAGCCCUUUGCAUCUAUGUCCACGCCAGAAGGCGCCUUGGCAGAACGAAGCCUGCUCCUGUCCUACCCAGCGUGUCUCCCCUUCGAAGUUUCGUUUCUAGCUCUCGUCGGCAAACACUACCAAGUCGCAUACAUUUCCCUCGUCAGCAUCUUAUUCCUUGCCUUGCCGAUCCUCAGCGGCGGCGUCUUCGUCGCCCUCUGGUACACAGCCGAGAAGCAAGUCCGCAUUGCCACCGACCUCACCGCAUUUUAUGUGCUGAUUGCCUUUUGCGGCCUGUACACACUCUCAUACCUAGUUAUUUGGCCUCGUCGUCGUCGCUACCUACCUCACAACAUAUCCACACUGGCAGAUCUCAUUAGUUUCCUGCAUCAGAGCCCGCUGUUGUACGAUCAAGUUCUCCGCGAGCCACGCACGAAACGAGACCUUGUCACAAGAUUGGUUGUCACGCCGCCAAAUGAGAGGACGCAGCCUUUGUACGGGUUUGGGGUGUACAAAGGGCUCGAUUGGAAGGAUCAUUUGGGGAUUGAUCGGCUCACGAGGCCUGGACGGGCGGAUAUGUUAAUAACGACGGGGGGACUCAAGGGUUAA